AGAGCUAUCAGCCAUUUAGUAACGUCAGUAAUUCAUUCUUUUUUUUGCAUUUCAUGUUUUUAUUUCUGAUAAGGAAAUUAUUUGGCACUGUAGAUGAUUUCGGCAGUUUUGUCAAAAUGUUUCUGUGAGGUUAGUGUGAUAAUUUCCCCAGUUCAACUCGUAUACAUGUUAAGUUGCAUGUCGCGGGAGACUCUGUUGAUUGCACCCAAAAAUUAUGCUGAACCUGAUAAAACCAACAAGAACUGCUGACUUGAGAAGAUUAUGUCAGAAUUUUUUUUUAGUUCCAUUUUGAUAAUUUGAUUCUGGCUUAUGAUAUGAGUAUGAGAGCCAUUAUUUUUCGUUACAUCACCGAUGAUACCCCCAAGAUCAACAUGAACUUGUAGAAUAUGAAUUAGAGUGCUGAACCCUCUUGUGUGGUAAUAUUAAAUAUUUGUAGAGUAGGCUCUCUGAUAUAAGUUCACAGUGAUAAGCUCGGCUAGUGGCGGGCUGUAUCGGUUUGAUUCCGUGUAUCAUUAAACGACUCGGAAUCGUGAGGGAUUCCUUUUUCCUAGGGAAGUUAUCAUCCCCCACGUGCCAGCUAGCAGUCAGAGCUGGGAGGAUUACAUUUCAGGAUUUGUCAUCUGUGAAUGUAAAAAUUUAAAGUUUUAGUUUUUGUGAAUCCCUGUUCUUAAAGGAUAUACUCCGUUUUUCUGAUGGUUUGAAAAAUCAUUACUUUAAGCUAUAGAAACAAAGGAAAUUCAGUAAUAUAAAGACCAAAAUAGGCCGGCAGGGUUGAUUGGAAUCGAUGAUGUAGAUAUUAAAGAUUAGCCAUGUCUAGAGACAGAUUGUACCCUAAUUGACUGCUCAAGUUCUGUGAAUAAAAUAUGAAUGUGAAGGCUUUGCAGCAUCAAUUCGACAACAACUUGGCCCACAAUUCAUGUCAGCACCAACGCAAAGUGAUUAAUUUACAAAAAUUGGACAAAAAACGGCAGAUUAGCCAGUCUCUGUCGUGGAUUAGUCGGAUAAAACAGCGGCUGUGGGGACGCGAUGGAAAUCCGACGGGAGGAAGCCAGAGCAGCAGGAGGAAAUCUUCUGCAAAGGAGGAGGGAAAGGAUGAAAAGUGUUCCACCCUGCCUCGAAAUGUCCGUCUAGGUAUUGUACAUGAAAAUCCUAGAAUUCUGUCGGAUGGCGAGAGUGAAGAAAUCUCAGGAACGUCUAGUGAGGACUAUGUCUCCCCGGUUAAACUACGCAACCGACCGCGACGAGCGAACGAUUCACCAGGUAUGGAGGGCAGACAUGACUACAUUUCUCCCGUAAAGUUACGCAACAGGCCCCGCCCAAGUACCAGUGAUGAGGUCGCCAAGAGACUGUCUUUGCCGGCGGACAUGAGACUUCCUGGUCACUUUCUGACUCGACAGAGUCUGAGUCCAGAGGGCAUGCUCAGUAGACGCUCGAGGAGGAAAUCUCUGUCUGAAAUUGGUUUCGGGAAAAUAGAAUCGUACACCAAACUAGAUAAACUGGGAGAGGGUACCUAUGCCACUGUGUUCAAAGGAAAAAGUCGACUGACGGACAAUUUGGUCGCGCUGAAAGAAAUCCGUUUGGAGCAUGAGGAGGGCGCUCCCUGUACAGCUAUACGGGAAGUUUCUUUACUCAGGGAGCUGAAACACGCCAACAUCGUCACGCUUCACGACAUCAUCCACACCGACAAGUCUCUCACUCUAGUCUUUGAAUAUCUGGAAAAGGAUCUCAAGCAGUAUAUGGACGACUGUGGCAACAUCAUGAGUAUGUCCAAUGUUAAGAUAUUCUUAUUUCAACUCCUGCGGGGGCUAUCGUACUGCCACAAGAAACAAGUUUUACAUCGGGACCUCAAACCACAAAACUUACUCAUCAAUGAACGAGGCGAGCUCAAGCUCGCUGAUUUUGGAUUAGCUAGGGCAAAAUCUAUACCAACCAAGACGUACUCCAACGAAGUUGUUACGUUAUGGUACAGGCCUCCCGAUGUACUUCUUGGCUCCACGGAAUAUUCUACCCAGAUUGACAUGUGGGGUGUAGGCUGUAUUUUCUACGAGAUGGCCUGCGGUCGCCCCCUGUUCCCCGGCUCUACGGUCGAGGACGAGCUCUACUACAUUUUCAAGAUCUUGGGGACACCCACGGAGGAGAACUUUCCAGGAAUCUCCAAAAAUGAAGAGUUCCUGUCCUACAACUUUUCGCAGUAUGAAUCUGAAAACCUCAUCAAUGUCGCUCCAAGGUUAGAUAGUGAAGGACUGGAUCUACUGUCUAAACUGCUUCUGUAUGAAGCCAAGAGGAGAUCAUCUGCUGCUGAAGGGAUGAGACAUGCCUUCUUCAACAGUUUCGGACCAAGCGUUCAUCGACUGCCAGACACUGUCUCUAUUUUUACUGUACCCGGUAUUGUUUUACAUAAAGAUCCUGGAAUGAGGUCGUCCUCCCUUGCUAAUUCAGGGAAAAUUCGUCGACAGAGUAUGUUAUUUUAAUGUGGACUGAAAACUUGUGUGAUAACAGUGGUGUUGUCAUGGAGACAGUCAUGUGAUCACCAUGUGAUAAAUUUGUAGCUAUUCUUUGUUGUGACCUUGUGAAUGUGAUAAAGAUCACCAUAGCAACCAAUGCCCCGUGGUCAUGUGAUGACAUAUUUACCCAGAAACACCCACACUAUGGAAUGAGUGGCACUUUUAGGGAGAGAUCUGAUUGGACAGAAGUACACAAGUUUUACGCAGUCACUUUGACUGUUUUAUCUAACCGACUGCCCGUCGAAGGAAUCAAGAUCUCCAUGUAGAAACCAGCACAGCAUAUCACGGACACUACUUAGUCGUCAGGGCUAGCAUUGCCCCCGUUGGAGGCCUCACACACUGUAGUUAGGUUCUAUGGGCCCUUACUUCUGUUGCACCUCUUCUUGUAUUGAACUGUCUUGUCACACCUCAUGAAGUCGAUAGCCAUCUGACAAAGGACCAUGCCUCAUCAACCUCAUCCUCGACCGGAAUCAGGACACUCCUCACUCAGACCAAGCUAAUUCGCCUGCCUGUUGUUUUGUUUCCAGGAAUACUCUGUGAUGAACUGUCCCCCGUGUUAGUUCACUCUAAGAUCUCCAGAAAUAAACCUGAGUAAUUCAGGUACUACAACACGACAGUGGGAUUAUUAGAUUUAUUUGAUAACCUCUGAUAUUAAAGGCUGAACUUGAUACACAUAUACUGAAUGGCUCAGUUCUGUGGAUUAUUUUAAUGGACAUCCUGACGAUCUGAAAAUGUAAUUUUUAAUUCAGUGAACCAUUGAGAGAUAUCUUAACAUGGGGGUCUAACAUAUUUUUAUUUACAAGAUAUUAUUUAGCUCUGUUUAAACACGUUACAACCUGUGUGACACUCUGGUGUAAUUUAUGUCUUGUACCCGCAGUUCUCUAAUGAUAUUGACUUCAAGAUUCAGGGUAGUUACACGAGUGUUCAUAUCAAGAGUUUUUCUGAGUCAGUUCUUAUACCAAUAUGUAAUGAUUUGUUCUCAGAAAAUGAGAUGAAAAUGAACUGUCAUAUGAUUUAUGCCCCCCCCCCCUUUAAUGUUUAGUAUUGUACUUUGUAACUUGCUCUAAAUGAGAAAAAAAAAAUAUAAAGAAAAAGAGAUAAAAAGAAGUAGAACCUAGAAUUCUUUGGUUUCUGGUGAACUAUGUACAGCCUGUUACCUGGAGCAGUUAUUUGGUGUGGAAAAUUGUGUCAAAUAAGAAGGAAAAAAAUAUCUCAAAAUGUAUAAAUGUUGACAAUGUCUUUGAUUAACGGACCGAAAAUUUUGUUGAGUUAUUUUCUUUUUUUUCCAAUAUGAUAAUUUAUUUUCUGAAGCACAAUGUAUCUGCAUGUCACAUUUUUUUUAUACAGAUUGGAUUGAUUUGCCAAUCAUGACAUUUCAUGUUCAUGUAAAAUAUGAAGAUAUCAUCAGCUGAUGUGAAAUUUCACCAUCAAUUCAUGUAUUCAUAUUUUUUUUCUCUCUGGUGCCUAACGUUCAUUUUGUCAGUGCCAUUUUUGUAUCAAAGGAUAUCAGGUUGAUUUUGUAAGCAUUUAGCUGUCAUAUAUUUUACUAGGAUAUUAAUAUGCAUUAAAUUAACUCAACCUGAA